GUGCUGCAGAGCCGAGGCUACGAGAAGCUGGUGCUGCAGGUCGGGAGGGGCGAGCUGGAGCCGGCGCUGCCGAGCAGCCCGGCCUUGGAGGUGGAAGUUUUCCGCUACAAGGACUCCCUGGCCGAGGACAUGCGGAGGGCGGACCUGGUCAUCAGCCACGCAGGUGCAGGUAGCUGCCUGGAGACGCUGGAAAAAGGAAAGCCGCUAGUGGUAGUAACGAACGAAAAGCUGAUGGACAACCAUCAGCUUGAACUGGCCAAACGGCUCCACAGAGGUGGGCACGUCCUUUACUGUAACUGCAGCACUCUUUUGGAGACACUGCAGUCCAUGGACUUGUCAACUCUGAAACCUUUUCCUCCUGGACAUCCAGAAAAGUUUGCUUUAUUCUUGGAUAAAGUUGUUGGGUUUCAAUAA